CCCUUAUUUGGCAGAAGGGGAUGUCCUUAAUGACUAGGGAGGAAAAUGGUGGAAAGGAAAGACGGCUUCAGUCGACAGAGUGAUUCCAACUGUUUAUCUCUGCCUCCAGACUUCCUUUGAGUCGAACAUUAUUGUGGCAGAGGGAAAGCAGCAGUGAUGGCUGAUGCAGAAACGAUCAAGAAAACUGCAGUCAAGGUGCUGUGCUGCGUGGAGAAGGUGUCCUCCUUCGCCUCCUCCAUCGACCCCAUCUUUGGCAUAGUCUCCUCCCUGAUUGGGGUGGCUCGCAAGGGCCUUAUUGAGGAGGAGGGCCACGCACUCGACAAGGAGUUCCAGCCGCUCAACACCAAACUGGAGACCAUCUCCGCAAAGAACCACCAAUGCUUGAAGCGGAUCCGCAUCGACGAGGUGAACGAAACCUAUGGCAAGUACGAGGAGUACAUUAAGCACCAGUACACUGCCUUCAACAACAUGGUGGCACAGGUGAAGAAAGAUCCAGACAACACCCGGCGCCACAUGGAGGCCUUCGAGAAGAUUUAUGAGAGGGACAAGAGCGACAUGAGCCUGGAUGUGUACUACCGUGGUGUGAUGGGUACCAAGCUGCUGUUCGGAAGACCCCUGCUCAAGGUGUACCUGGACAACUGCGACGGCAACCGUGAGGUCAUGGAGCGCCGCUGUUCGCACAUCACCCACCUGUUCCACAUGGGCCUCAUUGCCCUCAUGGCCUACACAGCUGUUACGGAGGACGAUGAAGACGAGGUGCGGGACAAGUGGGCCAAGAGGGUGCAGGACAUCCAGGAGAAGAUGGAAGAGGUGCUCAGUCAGUGCAAAGACAACUCGUCCUGAACAUGGGCCAUCAGCAAGGACACUGUCGACUCCCAGCUGUGGACCAAUGAAAAAAGACCAAAUAGGUUAUAAUAUAUAUAUUAAUUAGGCCAGGCUUUCAUUAUUAUUCUUAUUGCAGCAUUUUAGUUAUUGUAUCGACAUUGUGUAUCAUUUUUAGUUUCAAAGAGACCACUGUAUGUUUCACUUGCCAAUAUAUGCUGAAGUUUUAUACAAUCACUUCAAUUAAAAUGCACAUAUUCUGAGUCGA